AUGCCUAGUUUUUCACUUGGACUUGGUCUUGGUCUAACACAAGAGUUUCAGGAAGGAGAUGAAAGCAGUGAAGAUGAACACAUGAAGGAAGAAAUAAAAGAUGAAAAACUUGAUGAAGGAGAAAGUUAUGAUUCAGAAGAAACAGAAUGUGACAAUAAUAUCUUGAGAAUUGAAGAUGAUGAAGACAAAAAAAGAGAAGUAGGAAAAAUAUUAAAUAAACCAUCACUGAAGCUAUCUUCUCCUUAUAAUAAAAAAAAAACAGAAGAACCAGCGGUUGAUGUCAUUGACAAUUGGAAUUCAAGUGCAAAGUUUUCUAGAGCUUAUCGUGAUGCACCUAAUGAAUUGAAAAUACUUUUUAGAAGGUACUUGAUGAGGGUCAAUCACAAAUCAGCUUUAACUUUGGAGGGUGUUGAACCAGAAAGGGUGAACAUGAAUUGGCGCACGAGGGAUAAUCAUGUUGACUAUGGAGUUUUUUGCAUGCAUCAUAUGAAGACAUAUAUGGGAGAUAAAACAAUAAAUUAG